ACCAGGGUAAUAAGGCACCAGAGCCCUUUCAGCCGGAUAACUCCUUGUCCUUCAGCUUUACUUCACUGCGUAUCCAUCCCCAAGCUAAGCCAAGCAACAUGUCCAUCUUGAAGAUCCAUGCUCGGGAGAUUUUUGAUUCCCGAGGGAACCCGACUGUAGAAGUUGAUCUUUACACUGACAAAGGACUUUUUCGAGCUGCUGUUCCUAGUGGAGCUUCCACUGGCAUCUAUGAAGCUCUGGAAUUGAGGGACAAUGAUAAAUCAUGUUAUAUGGGCAAGGGUGUCUCAAAGGCUGUUGAGCAUGUCAAUAAAACAAUUGCUCCCGCACUGAUUGAACAGGGAAUCCCUGUAGUUGAGCAAGAGAAGAUUGAUCAAUUCAUGCUGGAGUUGGAUGGCACUGAUAACAAGUCUAAAUUUGGUGCUAAUGCCAUCUUGGGUGUGUCCCUGGCGGUGUGCAAGGCAGGAGCUGCAGAGAAAGGUGUCCCUCUGUACCGACAUAUUGCUGACCUUGCAGGCAACCCAGAGGUCAUCUUGCCAGUGCCAGCUUUCAAUGUGAUAAAUGGUGGCUCCCAUGCGGGCAAUAAGCUGGCAAUGCAGGAGUUCAUGAUCCUGCCAGUGGGAGCCAGUAGCUUUAAGGAUGCUAUGCGCAUUGGGGCUGAGGUCUACCACAACCUGAAAAAUGUCAUUAAGGAGAAGUAUGGCAAGGAUGCAACCAAUGUAGGUGAUGAGGGUGGAUUUGCGCCAAAUAUUCUGGAGAAUAAGGAAGCACUGGAGCUGCUAAAAUCUGCCAUCAGCAAAGCAGGCUACAGCGAUGAAAUUGUGAUUGGCAUGGAUGUAGCAGCAUCAGAAUUUUACCGGAAUGGAAAAUACGAUCUGGACUUCAAGUCACCUGAUGACCCUAGUCGUUAUAUCUCCCCCGACGAACUUGCUGAACUGUACAAGAGCUUUGUGCAGGAUUAUCCUGUGGUGUCCAUCGAGGACCCAUUUGACCAGGAUGACUGGCAGGCCUGGACCAACUUUACUGGCACUACAGACAUUCAGGUAGUUGGGGACGAUCUGACAGUGACUAAUCCCAAACGCAUUUCCAAAGCAGUGGAGGAGAAGGCCUGCAACUGUCUGCUGCUUAAAGUGAACCAGAUUGGCUCUGUGACUGAGUCCCUGCAAGCCUGUAAGAUGGCUCAGUCCAGUGGAUGGGGUGUGAUGGUGAGCCACCGCUCAGGAGAGACUGAGGACACCUUCAUUGCUGACCUGGUUGUUGGCCUGUGCACUGGACAGAUCAAAACAGGAGCACCCUGUCGUUCUGAACGCUUGGCCAAAUACAACCAGAUACUCAGAAUUGAAGAGGAGCUGGGCGAUAAUGCUCGUUUUGCAGGGAGGAAGUUCAGGAACCCACUGAACUGAGACUGAACAUCUGAUUACGCUGCAAAUCCAUGUUAGGAUAAUCUAGCUCAUACUUGCUGUCAGUAUAGAAAACUAAAGUGUAUGUAGAGAAAACUGUACUGUAUAUUUUAACAUGAUAAAUCUACUGAAGAAACUUGCAGUAUUUAUGGUUGUUGGUAAAAAUAACAGUGCUGUGAACUUGAUGAAUAACUGGCUGAGAAUUGUAUUUAUGAAGAACCAAUUAUGUGUCUGUGGUUGCAGCAAAUAAGAAUAAACAUGACCUCAAACUUU